UUUGAGUCAGUUUAUUGAACACGCCUCUAUCGUUCGCUCACCAACACUAACACAAUCUGUCAAAAUCAUUUGUUUGCGUGUGCUUAUUUCUAUGCCGCAAUCGGCGUUUCCAAUAUUUUUACAUUCUAAAUAUUAGUUUAAGUACUUAAUUGUUAACAUAAGAAGAAAGACAGGAUGAUACACACACUACUCUUCGUUGCUCUAGCGCUGAUCAGCAGCUUACCCUAUAACAAUGCUGCCCAGACCAACUAUGUGACAUGUGGUUCCAUACUGAAAUUGCUCAACUCGGAUUAUUCGUAUCGCUUGCACUCGCACGAUGUUAAAUACGGAUCGGGAUCGGGACAGCAAUCGGUGACGGGGGUAGAACAGAAAGAAGAUGUGAACAGUCAUUGGGUGGUUAAGGCACAAACUAAGAAACUAUGCGAUCGUGGUGAACCCAUUGCUUGUGGAGCAACCAUUCGGUUGGAGCACUUGACCACCAAAAAGAAUCUGCACUCGCAUCAUUUCUCGUCUCCGCUUUCUGGCGAACAAGAAGUAUCCGCCUACGGCGUCGAUGGAGUUGGUGAUACUGGCGAUAACUGGGAAGUGAUCUGCUCCAAUGAAAGUUGGAUGCGUGAUGCACACGUUAGAUUGCGCCACGUUGAUACUGGCAUGUAUCUGGGCAUGUCGGGACGGUCAUAUGGUCGACCGAUUUCUGGACAAAUGGAAAUUGUGGGUCUUCACAGUCCACAGCACGGCACACGUUGGACUACCUCUGAGGGCCUAUAUAUCGUGCCAAAGGACAAGGACUCGAUGCCCACAGAAUAUGCUCACACAGAACUGUAGUCAUGACAAUGA